UGCACCCUGCUCGAGGCCGAGGCCUCGGACGAGGUGGGCAUGCUGCCGGCCUCCCCGCGUGCCGCCUCCGGCUUCGACAACUUCUUCCCGGUGCAGGAGGGCGAGGGCCCGGGCUGGGAGGGCGCUGUGGCGCUGGAAGCGGGCUCCGGCCCCUUCCUCCCGGUGAGCCCCGAGGUCAUGAAGCGGCGGCGCGGGGGCCUCAUCGAACAGCGCGACAUCAUCAAGGCCCACGAGGCGCACAAGAUGCAGAGCACCCCGCAGGCCCGGCGCAAGGAAUGGGAGAUGGCUCGCUUCGGGGAGGCGGUGGUCGCCAGGCCGGGGUCGGGCGAUGGAGACUCGGACCAGAGCAGAAACCGGCAAGGAACCCCCGUGCCGGCCUCGGGGCAGGCGGCAGCCUACAAGCAGACGAAAGCGCAGAGGGCGCGGACUAUGGCUUUGUACAACCCCAUUCCCGUCCGGCAGAACUGUUUCACCGUCAACAGAUCCCUGUUCAUCUUCGGAGAAGAAAACAUUGUCAGGAAAUACGCCAAGAAGCUCAUCGAUUGGCCGCCGUUUGAGUACAUGAUUCUGGCCACCAUCAUCGCCAACUGCAUAGUCCUGGCUCUGGAGCAGCAUCUUCCUGAGGACGACAAGACCCCCAUGUCCCGAAGGCUGGAGAAGACAGAACCUUAUUUCAUUGGGAUAUUUUGCUUUGAAGCUGGGAUCAAGAUUGUGGCCCUGGGGUUCAUCUUCCAUAAGGGCUCGUACCUCCGCAAUGGCUGGAAUGUCAUGGACUUCAUUGUGGUCCUCAGUGGCAUCCUGGCCACUGCGGGAACCCACUUCAACACUCAUGUGGACCUGAGGACCCUCCGGGCUGUGCGUGUCCUGCGGCCCUUGAAGCUCGUGUCAGGGAUACCUAGCCUGCAGAUUGUGUUGAAGUCCAUCAUGAAGGCCAUGGUACCUCUUCUGCAGAUUGGCCUUCUGCUCUUCUUUGCCAUCCUGAUGUUCGCUAUCAUCGGCCUGGAGUUCUACAGCGGGAAGUUACACCGAGCGUGCUUCAUGAACAAUUCAGGUAUUCUAGAAGGAUUUGACCCUCCUCACCCAUGCGGCGUGCAGGGCUGCCCCGCUGGUUAUGAAUGCAAGGAUUGGAUCGGCCCCAAUGAUGGGAUCACCCAGUUUGAUAACAUCCUCUUUGCUGUGCUGACAGUCUUCCAGUGCAUCACCAUGGAAGGGUGGACCACCGUGCUGUACAAUACCAAUGAUGCCUUAGGAGCCACCUGGAAUUGGCUGUACUUCAUCCCCCUCAUCAUCAUUGGAUCCUUCUUUGUUCUCAACCUAGUCCUGGGAGUGCUUUCCGGGGAAUUUGCCAAAGAGAGAGAGAGAGUGGAGAACCGAAGGGCUUUCAUGAAGCUGCGGCGCCAGCAGCAGAUUGAGCGGGAGCUGAAUGGCUACCGGGCCUGGAUAGACAAAGCAGAGGAAGUCAUGCUCGCUGAAGAAAAUAAAAAUACUGGAACAUCCGCCUUAGAAGUGCUUCGAAGGGCAACCAUCAAAAGGAGCCGGACAGAGGCCAUGACCCGAGACUCCAGUGAUGAGCACUGUGUUGAUAUCUCCUCUGUGGGCACACCCCUGGCUCGAGCCAGUAUCAAAAGUGCAAAGGUAGACGGGGUCUCUUAUUUCCGGCACAAGGAAAGGCUCCUGCGCAUCUCCAUUCGCCACAUGGUUAAAUCCCAGGUGUUUUACUGGAUUGUGCUGAGCCUUGUGGCCCUCAACACUGCCUGUGUGGCCAUCGUCCAUCACAACCAGCCCCAGUGGCUCACCCACCUCCUCUACUAUGCAGAAUUUCUGUUUCUGGGACUCUUCCUUUUGGAGAUGUCCCUGAAGAUGUAUGGCAUGGGACCUCGCCUUUAUUUUCACUCUUCAUUCAACUGCUUUGAUUUUGGGGUCACAGUUGGCAGUAUCUUUGAAGUGGUCUGGGCAAUCUUCAGACCUGGUACAUCUUUUGGAAUCAGUGUCUUGCGAGCCCUCCGGCUUCUAAGAAUAUUUAAAAUAACCAAGUAUUGGGCUUCCCUACGGAAUUUGGUGGUCUCCUUGAUGAGCUCGAUGAAGUCUAUCAUCAGUUUACUUUUCCUCCUCUUCCUCUUCAUCGUUGUCUUUGCUCUCCUGGGAAUGCAGUUAUUUGGAGGCAGGUUUAACUUUAAUGAUGGGACUCCUUCAGCAAACUUUGACACCUUCCCUGCAGCCAUCAUGACCGUGUUCCAGAUCCUGACCGGUGAGGACUGGAAUGAGGUGAUGUACAAUGGGAUCCGCUCCCAGGGCGGGGUCAGCUCAGGCAUGUGGUCUGCCAUUUACUUCAUUGUGCUCACCUUGUUUGGCAACUACACGCUACUGAAUGUGUUCUUGGCUAUCGCUGUGGAUAAUCUGGCCAAUGCCCAGGAGCUGACCAAGGAUGAACAGGAGGAAGAAGAGGCCUUCAACCAGAAACAUGCACUGCAGAAGGCCAAGGAGGUCAGCCCGAUGUCUGCACCCAACAUGCCUUCGAUCGAAAGAGACAGAAGGAGAAGACACCACAUGUCGAUGUGGGAGCCACGCAGCAGCCACCUGAGGGAGCGGAGGCGCCGGCACCACAUGUCGGUGUGGGAGCAGCGCACCAGCCAGCUGAGGAAGCACAUGCAGAUGUCUAGCCAGGAGGCCCUCAACAGGGAGGAGGCGUCGUCCAUGAACCCGCUCAACCCCCUCCACCCGCUCAGCCCCCUCAGCGCACUCAACGCCCACCCCAGCCUUUAUCGGAGACCCAGGGCCAUCGAGGGCCUGGCCCUGGGCCUGGCUCUGGAGAAGUUCGAUGAGGAGCGCAUCAGCCGUGGCGGGUCCCUCAAGGGGGAGGGAGGGGACCGAUCCGGUGCCCUGGACAACCAGAGGACCCCCCUGUCCCUGGGCCAGCGGGAGCUGCCGUGGCUGGCCAGGUCCUGUCAUGGGAACUGUGACCCGACUCAGCAGGAGGCUGGGGUAGGAGAGGCUGUGGUGACCUUCGAGGACCGGGCCAGGCACAGGCAGAGCCAGCGGCGCAGCCGGCAUCGCCGCGUCAGGACAGAAGGCAAGGAGUCCUCUUCGGCCUCCCGGAGCAGGUCUGCCAGCCAGGAACGCAGUCUGGAUGAAGCCAUGCCCGCUGAAGGGGAGAAGGAGCACGAGCUCAGGGGCAGCCAUGGUGCCAAGGAGCCGACAAUCCAAGAGGAGAGAGCCCAGGAUUUAAGGAGGACCAACAGUCUGAUGUUGUCCAGGGGCUCCGGGCUGGCAGGAGCCCUUGAUGAGGCAAACACCCCCCUAGUUCUGCCCCAUCCUGAGCUGGAAGUGGGGAAAGAUGCGGUGCUGACGGAGCAGGAGCCCGAAGGCAGCAGUGAGCAGGCCCUGCUGGGGGAUGUGCAGCUAGACAUGGGCCGCGUCAUCAGCCACAGCGAGCCGGACCUCUCCUGCAUCACGGCCAACACGGACAAGGCCACCACCGAGAGCACCAGUGUCACCGUCGCCAUCCCUGACGUGGGCCCCUUGGUGGACUCAACCGUGGUGCACAUUAGCAACAAGACGGAUGGGGAAGCCAGUCCCUUGAAGGAGGCAGAGAUCAGAGAGGAUGAGGAGGAGGUGGAGAACACGAAGCAGAAGAAGGAGAAACGUGAGACAGGCAAAGCCAUGGUGCCCCACAGCUCGAUGUUCAUCUUCAGCACCACCAACCCGAUCCGGAGGGCCUGCCACUACAUCGUGAACCUGCGCUACUUCGAGAUGUGCAUCCUCCUGGUGAUCGCGGCCAGCAGCAUCGCCCUGGCGGCGGAGGACCCCGUCCUGACCAACUCGGAGCGCAACAAAGUCCUGAGGUAUUUUGACUAUGUGUUCACGGGCGUGUUCACCUUUGAGAUGGUUAUAAAGAUGAUAGACCAAGGCUUGAUCCUGCAGGACGGGUCCUACUUCCGAGACCUGUGGAACAUACUGGACUUUGUGGUGGUCGUUGGCGCAUUGGUGGCCUUUGCUCUGGCGAACGCUUUGGGAACCAACAAAGGACGGGACAUCAAGACCAUCAAGUCUCUGCGGGUGCUCCGGGUUCUAAGGCCACUGAAAACCAUCAAGCGCUUGCCCAAGCUCAAGGCCGUCUUCGACUGCGUGGUGACCUCCUUGAAGAAUGUCUUCAACAUCCUCAUUGUCUACAAGCUCUUCAUGUUCAUCUUUGCUGUCAUUGCGGUUCAGCUCUUCAAGGGAAAGUUCUUUUAUUGCACCGACAGUUCCAAGGACACAGAGAAGGAGUGCAUAGGCAACUAUGUAGAUCACGAAAAAAAUAAGAUGGAGGUGAAGGGCCGGGAAUGGAAGCGCCAUGAAUUCCACUAUGACAACAUUAUCUGGGCCCUGCUGACCCUCUUCACCGUCUCCACAGGGGAAGGAUGGCCUCAAGUUCUGCAGCACUCCGUAGAUGUGACAGAGGAAGACCGAGGCCCAAGCCGCAGCAACCGCAUGGAGAUGUCGAUCUUUUAUGUGGUCUACUUUGUGGUCUUCCCUUUCUUCUUUGUCAAUAUCUUUGUGGCUCUCAUCAUCAUCACCUUCCAGGAGCAAGGGGAUAAGAUGAUGGAGGAGUGCAGCCUGGAGAAGAACGAGAGAGCGUGCAUCGACUUCGCCAUCAGUGCCAAACCUCUCACCCGCUACAUGCCGCAGAACAGGCACACCUUCCAGUACCGCGUGUGGCACUUCGUGGUGUCUCCGUCCUUCGAGUACACCAUUAUGGCCAUGAUCGCUUUGAACACCGUCGUGCUGAUGAUGAAGUAUUACUCUGCUCCCUGUACCUACGAGUUGGCCCUGAAGUACCUGAAUAUUGCCUUCACCAUGGUGUUUUCCCUGGAAUGCGUCCUGAAGGUCAUCGCUUUUGGCUUUUUGAACUAUUUCCGAGACACCUGGAAUAUCUUUGACUUCAUCACCGUGAUUGGCAGUAUCACAGAAAUUAUCCUGACAGACAGCAAGCUGGUGAACACCAGUGGCUUCAAUAUGAGUUUUCUGAAGCUCUUCCGAGCUGCCCGCCUCAUCAAGCUCCUGCGUCAGGGCUAUACCAUACGCAUUUUGCUGUGGACCUUUGUGCAGUCCUUUAAGGCCCUCCCUUACGUCUGCCUUUUAAUUGCCAUGCUUUUCUUCAUUUAUGCCAUCAUUGGGAUGCAGGUAUUUGGAAACAUAAAAUUAGAUGAGGAGAGUCACAUCAACCGGCACAACAACUUCCGGAGUUUCUUUGGGUCCCUAAUGCUGCUGUUCAGGAGUGCCACAGGUGAGGCCUGGCAGGAGAUCAUGCUGUCGUGCCUCGGGGAGAAGGGCUGUGAGCCUGACACCACCGCACCGUCGGGGCAGAAUGAGAAUGAGCGCUGUGGCACCGAUCUGGCCUACGUGUACUUCGUCUCUUUCAUCUUCUUCUGCUCCUUCUUGAUGCUCAACCUGUUCGUGGCCGUCAUCAUGGACAACUUUGAGUACCUGACUCGGGACUCCUCCAUCCUGGGCCCUCACCACUUGGACGAGUUCGUCCGCGUCUGGGCAGAAUAUGACCGAGCAGCAUGUGGCCGCAUCCAUUACACUGAGAUGUAUGAAAUGCUGACUCUCAUGUCACCUCCGCUAGGCCUCGGCAAGAGAUGUCCCUCCAAGGUGGCAUAUAAGAGGCUGGUCCUGAUGAACAUGCCAGUAGCUGAGGACAUGACGGUCCACUUCACCUCCACGCUUAUGGCUCUGAUCCGGACAGCUCUGGACAUUAAAAUUGCCAAAGGUGGUGCAGACAGGCAGCAGCUAGACUCGGAGCUGCAAAAGGAGACCCUAGCCAUCUGGCCCCACCUAUCCCAGAAGAUGCUGGAUCUGCUUGUGCCCAUGCCCAAAGCCUCUGACCUGACUGUGGGCAAAAUCUAUGCAGCAAUGAUGAUCAUGGACUACUAUAAGCAGAGUAAGGUGAAGAAGCAGAGGCAGCAGCUGGAGGAACAGAAAAAUGCCCCCAUGUUCCAGCGCAUGGAGCCCUCAUCUCUGCCUCAGGAGAUUAUUGCUAAUGCCAAAGCCCUGCCUUACCUCCAGCAGGACCCCGUUUCAGGCCUGAGUGGCCGGACUGGAUAUCCUUCGAUGAGUCCACUCUCUCCCCAGGAGAUAUUCCAGUUGGCUUGUAUGGACCCUGCCGAUGAUGGACAGUUCCAGGAACAGCAGUCUCUGGAGCCAGAGGUUAGUGAAUUAAAAAGCGUGCAGCCCUCUAACCAAGGCAUCUACCUUCCUUCGGACACCCAGGAGCAUGCGGGAUCUGGGAGGGCAUCUUCUAUGCCACGUCUGACUGUGGAUCCCCAGGUGGUGACAGACCCCAGCUCCAUGAGACGUUCGUUUUCCACUAUUCGGGAUAAGCGUUCAAAUUCCUCGUGGUUGGAGGAAUUCUCCAUGGAGCGAAGCAGUGAAAAUACCUACAAGUCCCGUCGCCGGAGUUACCACUCCUCGCUGCGGCUGUCAGCCCACCGCCUGAACUCUGAUUCAGGCCACAAGUCUGACACUCACCGCUCGGGGGGCAGGGAGAGGGGACGAUCAAAAGAGCGAAAGCACCUUCUCUCUCCUGAUGUCUCCCGCUGCAAUUCGGAGGAGCGAGGGACCCAGGCUGACUGGGAGUCCCCAGAGCGCCGUCCAUCCAGGUCACCCAGUGAGGGCAGGUCACAGACGCCCAACCGAAAGGGCACAGGUUCCCUAAGCGAGAGCUCCAUCCCCUCUGUCUCUGACACCAGCACCCCACGGAGAAGUCGGCGGCAGCUCCCGCCCGUCCCGCCAAAGCCCCGGCCCCUCCUUUCCUACAGCUCCCUGAUUCGACAUGCGGGCAGCAUCUCUCCGCCUGCUGAUGGAAGCCAGGAGGGCUCCCCGCUGACCUCCCAAGCCCUGGAGAGCAACAGCGCUUGCCUGACCGAGUCUUCCAACUCCCCGCACCCCCAGCAGGGCCACCACAUCUCCCCACAACGCUACAUCUCCGAGCCCUACCUGGCCCAGCAUGAAGACUCCCACGCCUCAGACUGUGGCGAGGAGGAGACGCUCACUUUCGAAGCAGCUGUGGCUACUAGCCUGGGCCGUUCCAACACCAUCGGCUCUGCCCCACCCCUGCGGCACAGCUGGCAGAUGCCCAACGGGCACUAUCGGCGGCGGAGGCGCGGGGGGCCUGGGCCAGGCCUGAUGUGUGGGGCUGUCAACAACCUGCUGAGUGACACGGAAGAAGAUGACAAAUGCUAGAGGCUGCUCCCCCCUCCGAUGCAUGCUCUUCUGUCACAUGGAGAAAACCAAGACAGAAUUGGGAAGCCAGUGCGGCCCGGGGGGGAGGAAGAGGGAAAAGGAAGACGGAAGGACACCAUGCAUUAUCAGAGACGUGGAAGUAAAGGACAUUCGGAACAGCAGUCAAACCCACCAAACUGCUUUAUUCCCCUUUGCAAGAUGGGCACUGCCAUAGGUCUGCCUCUUUGCUGGGGAAAGAAAACACAGGAACGUGGAGGGUUAUUCCUGUGGGAGAAGGGACACAAGGAUGGCUUUGCUUCCCUUUGCCCCUUCCCACUCUUCUAAAAGCCGUGGAGGGAUCGAGCUGGCCUACGUCUACACUCGGUGCCCUGAGAAGCCCGGGAGACUUUCUGGCUCUUAACUGGGGAGUAGUGGAGACCAUAGGAGAGGACUCUCCUCCCUCGCCAGCUCUUAACGCCUCGCCCAGCACCACUGCCACCGGGGCAACGGCAGUGGUAUCUCAUGCAUUACCUUGUGGCUUGCUUCUGCCAGGGCGGCGCAGGCUAAGUCAGGAACAUCGGAUGCCAGGGAGGGAGGAGAAAGCUGAGGCGAAAACGGUCAGGGUGCUGAGGCGACAGCAGCAAGCGCGGGUCUGGGUGAGAAAAGCCACAGCCCGGCAGCCCCUACCAUGAGGGAGACAUUCAGAGAAACAGAACUGGUGGUGCUGGGGGUGUAGCCCCCCAUCCCUGAGGCCUGUCACCCACACAGCAGGUGCUGAGUGUUAGGACAGGUCAGGCCGUCCCUCAGGGUCCACAAGGUGCCUGAGGCUCUGGUAAGGGCGAAGGUCAAAGUAUUGAACCACCGCUCUGGCAUCAGUGGAAGUGGAGUUUGGUCCUAGCGCUGCAUCCCAUGCUGUUCCAGCCCUGGGCUCUUUAGAUGCUGGUCAGCAGGGGACCCUGAGGGUGUGGGUGGAGUAGCAGGGGCCACCUAAGGGACUCAAAACAGAGUCUGUUUUCCAACCAGUGUAGAAGCAAUCAAAUAGCUGUAACAGUGCUCUGGCCACACCAGCACAUCCUGGCUGAGCGUCAGCCCGCACUCUGGUCCAUGAGGCAGCAAGGCCAAUGCUGUGCCAAGCCCAGCAAGGCCAAGUGCAAAGGUCUAGCCUUUCCUGCCACUCCCCCGACAGGGGAGAACACACAUAUCCAAGUAGGCUAUCCGCCACUGGGUAGGGACUUCCGUAAAGACGGGAAAGGCUGAUAGACUGAAAUCAGCUUCUGGGAACGUCUGGAUAAUUACUGAGGACCUCCCAUGAGGAGGGACCACUGGGACCGCAGCUUCAGCAGCUGGUGUGGGGUUCGGGUCAUUUUGUCAGGAUGCUUUAAGGUGAUUAGUAAAUAUACCUCAGCUUAGAGCUGGGCUGCUGCUCCCAGCAAAGCAGGCUCCAGUGGGGCCUCAUCAUGCAGUAUGACAAGACUGGGCCCCGGUCACCUUGAAUAUUCCCCUGAGCCAAAAUCGGGCUUCACCCCUCCCCAGAGUAAGAGCUGGAGCAGACAGUCCCACCCCGUCAUUCCGAACUGGCCAAACAAACGCAGAAGCACUGAGCAAGAGAGCCCUUUCUUGCCAAGCCGGCGCUCUUGUGCCAUACGGCAUACAGCUCCAUCGGAGGGGACAUAUCACUGGCUUUAUGUGGUGGAAAUGUACCUUCCCCUUCAGUCCCUUGUUAGUGCCAUCACAGCAGGUGAACGGAUGCCCGACAGGGCCCUCCUUUCCCCACCAGGACAGUUGGAGCCUCCCACCCAGGAUCCUGAGGACCCCAGCACUGAGCACUCAGUGGAUAAACACCCCUCUAGCCCCGACACAAUCCUCCUCUCGGGCAGGAGCGAUCCAGAGCUGUUAUUUUUCUUGUAAGGAGCCUAUUUUUUCCCUAUUUUUUAAUUGAAAUAUAAAUAAGGCAUAGCUGCAUCAGCCCUGAAAAGCCAGAUUCAACCACAUGGCUGGAAAAAUUGUCACGGUCCUGCCUUCUCUUACGAUAUUGACGGAGCUUCAUGACCCACAGUCAGCCCCCAAACCAAAGUUGUCCCAACCCAGGAGGCCAGUGAGGCAGAGACAGAGCUCUCCCACCCUCAAACCCUCUUUCAUCUCCAUUUUCCUCUCCUACUUAGCACUUGCGUGCUUGAGGGUGGCUGGGAAUGCGAUAUACGUACGACACCCCGAUCCUAACGGGUGUCAUCCUUACGUAACACUCUGACGCUGGGCCUCAUAUUGCUUUUCAAGUUUCCUCUGCUCAGCGUCAUUUCAUGCCAAAGUGCUGCUGUGGGCUGCUUUGUGUGCACAAAAUUGCUUUUUCCACCUUGGAAAUGCAGCUUUCCCUAGGGGAAGGCCUACAACAGGACUGACCAUUCUGAGCCAGUGAGUCUAUUGCAUGGUGUUUUGAGAAAGGGAAUCGUAGUGAUAACCUUGUGCCAUUUCAACAGGAGAAAUGUAGGCUGGCAGAGCAAUUCCCAGAAAUGGAAUUUGCCUGCAAAUAGUAUAAACACUAAAUUUACUGUGCCAGGAAACCUUCCUGAACGCCUUGAACUCAUACACACAAGUAUUUGAGUCCUCAAUAAAGUGUUGGCAAGCGCUGCAGAUGCGGUCACCUGACUGACCACCUGGUUUUUCUUUUGCCAGUGGAUUUCUUUUAUUCCCUUCCCUUGACCAAGAAAUUGGGUUUCUUUCCCCUUACCCUGCACUUCCUCUUCUAUUAAGACCAGAAAAUAAAAUAAUUUUCUGUUGAGUCACAAACUCAUUUUCAUCAUCUCGUUUGGUUUGCUGCUGCCUCUGAACAAAAGUGAAUGCCAGCUUUCCCUCGCUAGGUGUCAGAGUCUGCCUCUUCACUUUCCCUUGAAAAGAGGCCCCUCUAGACCCCCAAACCUAUUCUUUUCUCCGGUUAAAAAUCACAGCAGUAUCUUGAGAAACUCCAUGCAAAAAAAAGACUACAACCAGCCUUCGAGAUGAUGUACCGCAAGAUCAGGUUUGGGCACUGGAGGUCCCCGCAGAAGACUCAAGUCAUAUGUUUAGUUUCUCUGGCUAAUGUUGUCUUCACCAACUCCCCAGCGUAAAGACAAGGGGAAGGUAAAAGGAGGAGGAAGGAAAACCAAGGCAGAGAGAUGUUCUAAAUAGGUUUGCAUUUUCGAUCCCCCUCUUUUCACCUAAGGCUCCAAGAGAGACUCCCAGGUAGGGAAUGCAUGUCUGUCUCUUUCUCUGUCUCCCCGUCUCCUAGAGGACAGAGUGCCAGUGACCAUUCGACAGGGGUAGGGCUCCAGCCAAGGUGCCCCUGAGCCAGGGUCAGCGUAGAAUUUCUGGCCCCGUGAAGGGCUCAGCCCCUCUAGCGUCCCCUUGGCUCCACCUGAGUCAUGAACACAAUGGGAGUCUGGGCUGCUCUUCUAGCUGAAGAAUCUGUUUUUAUUCUGGGCUUCACUUGGAGUCCCUACUCAGCAUCUCUGUAGGGCACUGAGAUCACCAAGAACAUUGCCCAGAAGCUGAACUCGAGAUGUUCUAGAUUUUGACUUCCCUUAACUCUGGGGCCACAAAGAGAAGACCCCAUAAUCCACCUCUCAGCCAGUAUCUCCCUUCCCUACACAGGCUCCUCCCACCCCCAUAGAGCCUACGUGGUGAGCAUGAGGGUCUUGUUAACUCUGUUCUCCCAUCCCAGCCUCUGUUUUGCUGCACGUUAGCACUGAUCCAACUCCUGAGAUGGUUAAUUCUACCCAAUCCGAGCUCGCUCGCUUGCCUGACUGACUCUACCACGCUCUCAGCUACUGCGGAACGUUGCAUUCUAAUGAAAUAAGGUUUGGAACUUACCUGGUGCUCUUCGCAAGAUGACUGAAACAAGGUGUAGGGUGUCGGGGUGGAAGCAAGGCCCACUGCUGGAUGAAAGCUCACCGCAGGGCAAGGAGGUCUCUCCUGGCGUAAUGGAACACAAGUAUCAAUUUUGAUUUUUAAAAAUUUUUCCUUACAUCCUAUUUCUCAAGCCCUCUGGAUGUUUCAUUCUUGGACAGAGUGUUUCUUUAGUGGGUGGGGCCAAGGAUGGGUUGAGAGAUGAUUUCUCAGCUCAUUUUAUAAGAUAUAAAUAUUAUGAGGUUGUACGCAAAGAAAGGGCAAAUGUAUAGCAGAAGGGGAGCAGACAGCUACCUUUCAGGGAUUGUGAGACUUGAAGGUUAAGGAAUUUUUACUGCUAUUUUUGUUCAUCAGUUUCAUGUCUGUUACGUUGUGAGACCCUCGGAGGCCUAGGGCUAGUGUGGCCAAGAAUCCUGGUGAGAGGCGUUUGCAUGCCUUGGGGUGAACUCUUCCCCUGUAGCUCUGUCACCCAGCUUGCAAGUCCUUCCCUCCCAGAUCCCAGAGCGAUGGGCACUGUCCAGGAGAUGCAGCAGAGGACUUAAUGACGCUGGAAAGAAGGAAGAUGUAGGUGCCUGGCAAGUGGCCAGACAGGGCAUGAUGGUUUGACUCCAGAGUCUCUAUAGAAUCAGGUUCAGGUUUGGAUAACUUUUCUUUAAACUAUUUCCACGCUGAGGCUUUCAUUUAAAAAAAAAAAAAAA